AUGUCUAACAUUUACAAAAUCAUCGAUAACCUUGAUCUCGAACAAGCAGAAGCGAAUAAAUUAAAAAUUUAUCUAAUCAAAAAUCAUGAAAUGAAAGAAGAAUUAUUUUCAGCCCUUACAAGCUCCUAUCAAACGAAAGAAGUUCAACAGAGUCUUAUAAAAGAUUUCUUCAAUACUAUACCUGGACAAAGAUCUGUUGAACGAGAAAUUACUGAAUUUUGGAAACAACUUUCCAAUGCAAAAAUCAUGUCUCGUUUGAAGAACAACAAAAAUGACGUCUUUAAUAACCUGAAAGAGUAUGUUACAGUUGAGGAUGAUUAUAUCUAUCUAAACAUUGGUGUAACUGUUGACUCGAAUGGUACAUUAUACCAUAAUGGAGCGACCACUAAUUUGGAAAUGCCGUCAAAGCUAAUGAAUACUCUGAAGCUGGUCUUGCCCAAAGAUGUGUACUUUCUCGGGAAAGAACAAAUGUAUGGAUCGAUGGUCUUUAUUCGUAGAUAUUAUUUGGCAUUAAUCGAGUUAAUUGAGGAAAAUCGUCAUGGACCAAAUGAUUCAGCCUACAGCGGUUGUACAAUCACAGGCACGCCCGAUAAAGUUACUUGCUAUCAAUUCUCGCCAGAUGAUAAAGUGAAACUGGGGGAUCGUUACCAGUUUGAAGAUAUAUUAAACAAUCACAGUAACUUCUACCUUGUUGACGCACAAGUUCUAGAAUUACAAAAAGCUUAUACGCUUCAUUUUACGUCACCAAAGAAAGAACGAUAUAAUGAAGCCGUUAAAUCACCAGGAUUCACCACGUACUUUAUGCCACUCUGGAAUCAAGAAGAAAUAUUUGCACUUUGGUCUGAAGCAUUCAAGGGUAAGAAGGAUAGUAAUGGCAAAGAAUUCUCAUAUCAAACAGUUAAGGGCUUGCUGAAUAAAUGGGGUCCAAUACCCCGGUCUGUACUUGCAAAGUGGAACGAUGAAUCAUACCAGAAUAAAUUCAGUGAGUUGGUUGCUAAGGUUGAUUUAGAAAAAUGUAUAGAUUCGAUAAACAAUGAUGGAAUGCCCAAAGACGACUCUAUAAGUGGAAAAAUUAUACACCUUGAUGUGAAUUCAAGUUUUACAAAUGUGACAUAUCGCUUUGCUACUAAUGAAUUAGCUAGCAGGUUGAUCGAUGAAUACGAAAGGAAAACCAGGAAUAACAUACGUAAUUUCAUUGUAUGUGGUCGUGAUUUCCUUGAGACUGCUUCAUUUCGAGGACAUCUUUUUGAAGAUUAUUCGCAUAGGAAAUUGUGUAAGGGAGGCAGUUUUAAAGUUCGAUGUUUGAAAGAGAAUGAUAAUACUGUAAUUACUGAAAAAAAUAUCACUGAGCGUAAAAAUAACUUCUACACUACAUUGGAAGAUAUUCAUGAAGAUUGCUACAACAGACCCAAGUCAAAGUCAAAUAUUUCGGUUGAUUCUUUUGUAUACAAAGAUGAUAAUGCCUUGUGCUUGUAUCAAAUUACGAUUUCGACAAAUCAUGGAAUAAAGGUUCACGGAUUAAGAGAAAUCAGAAAUUCUCUUGGGAAGCAUAGAAUCAUUAAUGUAUAUUUUGUUGUGCCAUCAAUGAUAUUUGAAAAUUAUCCCUUUCAAGACUAUCAGACUGUCAGAGGAAAGAAGAUGAAAAAACUUCCGAAAUGGAUUGACAAUAUAACUCAAUAUGCAUUGGAGAUUGAUAUGAAAGGAUCGAAACCAUAUUAA